UUCUAGACUCCACGCUGCCGUGAGUGCCGAAACAACCAGAGCGCGCGCUUUUUCUCUGUUUACUCUCCCAUUUUCUCCGGUUGGGUUCAGGAAAACCAUGGUGGGUGGCUGGCGACGGCGGAAAAUUGGGAAAAUUCACCCUCCCCCCAUCAAGCAAAUCGGAAAAGUGUAAACAAACACAUCGUAUCUCGGGCAGAGAGAGGAAUAAUCGAAAAAUCUCUCAAAAGAAGGAAUGACGUUUUGGUGCGGGUGGUGAUCUCAAGUGGACGUUUUGUGUUUCCUUCAGUGGUACAGUGAAGAUUGAAAAGGCGAGUCGUUGCCUAAAGCACCUCUCGGGCGUCAGCAGUUCAUAAUAUCUUUAGAUAUUAGUGCGUAGCCAUUUUCCUAGAAUUGCAAUCUGGCGUAAUUUGGUUUCGUUUUGGGUAAGCAAUAUUCAGUUUAACUUUGCCGAAACUAAAACGGAAACGUGGUGUUUGAAACUACUUCACGAUUCGAGUGAAUCGAUUUUUCACCCAUACUCUAGCAGCACCAUAUCCAAUUUAGGAUACGAAUAAGCAGGAACAGUUUCCACGCUCCCACCGUAAAACCAUAUCCAUAAUCAAUUUUCGCCUGUGGACAAAAGAAGGAUUGCAAGAAAACUUAAGUCAUAGACUAUUAGCGUCGCCAGAAGAAAAACUACAAAAGUUUCGCAAUAUUAACAAGCCAGCUGCUGCAUUCGGCAACUCAUAUUCGAAGGAAAACUCUCGCGUCAUUUAGGGUGGCGGGAGUUGAAAAGCGGCUCGCAACAAAAGGCUUCAAAAUAGGUCAGCUUAACAGCAUUCGCUUCAACGAAGACGGAACGGCCAGGAUGCACGAGGGCGAAAUAGUGAUAAAGAAGGUACAGGGGCACGUCCCGAAGUCGGGUGCCCCGAGAGAAAAGCCGGCAAAAGAUGCAACAAUCACGUAUCGGUUGACGCGGGAUGAUAUCUCUGGUGGGCCGGUCAAUCUGGACGAAAUCGAGCCGGGCCUGUGGUUGGGGAACGUGACGGCGGCUGCGGAUUUGCCCACGCUGGAGAAGCUGGCCAUUCGGACCGUGCUGACGAUCGAUUCGUGUCCACUGCCGGCCCAUGUGACCGAGAAUCCGAGCCUGCGGGUGAAGUACAUUCAAGCUUCUGAUGUGCCAAGGGAAGACCUAAUAAAGCAUUUUGAAGACACGAACAACUUCAUCCGAGAAAGCUUAGAAGAAGAGCGAAACGUACUGGUGCAUUGCUACUUCGGCGUUAGUCGCAGUGCCACAAUCGUGAUUGCAUACAUCAUGAACAAGUACAAGCUUAGCUACGACGCGGCCCUCCAGCGGGUCAAGUCCAAGCGUCGGUUCGUGAUGCCCAACCCUGGCUUCAUCAAUCAGCUGAAACUGUUCAGCAUCAUGAACUACCGGAUCGAUCCGCAGAACGAGAAAUACAAGCUAUUCCGGCUCAAACUGGCGGCGGACAACGUAAGAAAAGCCAAACGUCUCCCGGUGAACUGCAUGGACGUAGUGAAACCGGAUCCUGCCGUCACACAGGAAACGCCUGAGCCGAUAGUCUAUCGGUGCCGUAAAUGCCGCCGCGUGAUCGCCACCAAGAGCAAUCUCCUAACGCACAAACAGAAACCUCCGGGUCAGUCUCCUGCAAAGCUGCACAACUCGUUCGGCGACGUGGCCGGAUUGAACGAUGACGAAUCGGAUAACGAACAGCAAUCGCCACAGGAAGAUGGAAGUGCCCCUACCGGGUCAGAAGACGCAACAGCGGUGCCUGCGGCCGAUACUACGGAAGCAAAAAUCUCCAGCAAAGAGGGUCCAUCGAUGUGCUACGUAACGGAGCAGAUGCGACGCAGCUCGAUCACCAGCGACCUCAGCCAGCGAUCGUCGGAGAAGGAUGGUGUUUGCAGCAAGAUCUACUUCACUGAACCGCUCGCCUGGAUGACCGACAUCUUCCACAAUACUCAGGGCCGGCUGUACUGCCCCAAGUGCACGGUAAAGCUGGGCAGCUUCAACUGGGUGAUGGCAACCAAGUGUCCCUGCGGGGCGGAGAUCUAUCCGGCGUUCUACCUGGUGCCAUCCAAGACGGAAUACUCUACCGUGGUCCAGAACGUGCAGGUGACAGUGUAAUUCUGGUGGUUUGCUAUUAGGAAAAAAGUAGGUUUUUGAGCGCCCGGGAAAGAUGGUGCGUGAUUGUGAAUUUAUUUUGUCUAGUCAAAUGAAAAACAGCGGUCUGGGAAGCUAAGCGGAAAUGUUAGGCUGCUGAUAGGCGGGAUCAAACAGCAGGCAAACAAAAUCAAAUUGAAUUUCUUCCUGUCUUGUACACACAACUAGUAGCUUGGUCACAUUGACUGGAGAACAAAUUUUUCUUGAGAUAGUGUGACGACAGCAUGCUUCUCUAUCAAGUAGGCAACAGUGCAUUUAUGUAUUACGAUAGUCACAUAUACAAUAAUAGACGCUCAUACAGAUAUAGGAAAACAUAUUUGAACUUACCUUGGGAGAAAUAGUUAAACGGAAUUGUGUUUAAAUGCAGAUUACAGCGCUUA